AUCCGAAGCUGCUGGCCUACCUGGCCGACCAGACGGUGCGGGGGGAGCACAGCGCCUGGCUGGGGAAAGCGCCCGCCCUCAGCGCCAAGCGCGUGGCCGUCCGGGCGUCGGAGGUAGACAUGGCGAAGUUGCCUGAGAACGCGAAGGCGAUUCUCGACAGGGAUGGCCCCGAGGCCAUGGCCAAGUGGGUGCGCGCACAGCAGCGGAUCCUCCUCACAGACACCACCAUGCGCGACGCCCACCAGAGCUUGUUGGCAACGCGGGUGCGAACCGUGGACAUGCUGAACGUUGCCGACGAGACAUCGAAGUUGUUGCAUCAGGCCUUUUCAAUAGAGAAUUGGGGCGGCGCCACCUUUGACGUGGCUUUUCGCUUCAACCACGAAGACCCUUGGGAGCGACUGCGACUGUUGCGGGAGAGGAUCCCAAAUGUGUGUUUCCAGAUGUUGCUUCGCGGGGCAAAUGCAGUAGGCUACACGUCAUACCCCGACAACGUGGUGCAGGAAUUCGUCCGCCUUGCAUGCAAGAACGGCAUGGAUAUUUUCCGCAUCUUCGAUUGUUUCAAUGACGUGGCGCAGAUGCAAGUUGCCAUCGACGCAGUGCGGAAGCAUGGGAAGGUAGCAAAUGUUGCCUUGUGCUUUACAGGCAACUUCUUAAGCCCAGAAGAGACCAUCUACACGCUGGACUACUACACAAGGUUGGCCGAGCAGUGCGUCGAUGCUGGAGCCCACAUGCUCACCAUCAAGGACAUGGCGGGACUGUUGCGCCCUGCACAUGCGGCUCCUCUGGUCGAAGCCAUUCGCUCCGUCACCGACCUCCCGAUCCACUUCCACACCCACAACACGUCUUCUGCACAGCUCGCGACACUGCACGCCAUGGCCAACGCAGGGUGUGACAUCGUGGAUGGCUGCAUGGCCUCGGUCGCGGACACGACGAGCCAGCCCUCGCUCAACGCGUUCUGUGCAACCAUGGAGGGCCACGCUCGCGAUCCGCAGAUUGACUACAGGACCCUCGAGCCGCUCGACAACUACUGGAUGCGCGUCCGCGAGUUUUACAGCAUCUACGAGAGCGGCAUGCUCGCAGGCUCUGCGAGCGUCUACCACCACCAGAUCCCUGGAGGGCAGUACUCCAACCUGUUUGCGCAGUGCAAGGCGCUCGGCAUCAUGUCCCGGUGGGAGGAGUGCAUCGAGAUGUACCACGUCGUGAACAAGUUUUGCGGCGACAUCGUGAAGGUCACGCCGUCAUCCAAGGUGGUGGGGGACAUUGCGCUCAUGCUUGUCCUCAACAAUGUCCAGCCAGCAGACCUGAACGACACGGAGAAAUUAGCGAAGAUCCGUUGGCCUGGCAGCGCCGUUGACAUGGCGGAGGGCGGGCUGGGCACACCUCACCAUGGUUUUCCACAGACGAUGCUCGAUGCCAUCCUCAAGGGCAAGCCGCGGCUGCCAGGGCGACCUGGCGCCAGCAUGAAGCCGGCCGACUUCGAACAGAUGCGAGCAAAGUUGGCCAAGGACCUUGACCUUCCGCCUUCCUCUUUCAGCGACGAGGACAUCAUAUCUGGAAUCCUCUAUCCAGCGGUCUGGAAGGCGUACAAGAAGCACGAAGCGAAGUACUCGGACAGCGUGCCAUGGUUGCCAACUCCUGCCUUCACAUACGGUAUGGAGGUGGGAGAAGACAUCGACGUUCCCGUCCCGGCUGGCCCUCUAAAGGUCCAGCUCGAGGCCGUUGGAGACCUCGAUGCUCAGAAGGUGCGGACGCUGCAGUUCCUGGUGAACGACGAGAGGGUUUCGGUGAGGCAGGAGGAUCCCCACGGCAAGUCCGGCCCAUCCCCGUCUCGUGCUGCACCCAGAGCUGCUCCCAAGCCUGCUGCCCCGGCGGGCUCGGCGAAGCCGCCAGCCGAGGCCGGCCCCCAGAGGGAGCGCGCCGUCAUCGGCAAGCAGGAGCGCAGCGUGUGCGCUGAGCUGGGCUCCUCGGUGGUCAAGGUCCUGGUGAAGGAGGGGGAGGAGGUCAAGGAAGGAGAUCCUCUCUUGGUCCUCUCUGCGAUGAAGCUGGAGACGGAGAUCCUUGCGCCCGCCGGGGGCACCGUCCUCGGUAUCAGGGUCGAGGCCGAGGACACGGUCGACGCCGGAGACGUGCUGAUCGUAAUGGACGCGGAGGUGUACGAGAGCGGCGAAGCUGCCUCGGCUGCGCAGGAGGUGGAGGUGCUGACAGAGGCCGCUCGCAACGUGGCCGCCCCUGGCAUGGCCGCGGCAGACGGGUCGGACGUGUGGCUGGCAGGUGACGAGCUUGCCAAGCCGUGCAUGGGCCGCUCCGUGGGAUGCCUGACUCUUCCAGCGCUCAGGAAGGACGACUCGUUCCAUGCGAGGGAGGUCCACAACAGGGAGCUGCUGAGCAUCCUGAGCGAGCGGCUCGCGAGGGUCAGGCAGGGCGGCGGAGAGAAGGCCGUAAGCCAGCACAGGAAGCGGAACAAACAGCUGCCACGCGAAAGGAUCGAGGCCAUCAUAGAUCCUGGCACCGAAUUCCUGGAGUUAUCCGCGCUCGCUGCAUACGAGAUGUACGGCGGAAGUGUCUUUUCGGCCGGCGUCGUGACAGGCAUCGGCGUCGUGCACGGGCAGGAGGUGCUCUUUGUUGCCAACGAUGCCACCGUGAAGGGAGGGACGUACCAUCCCAUCACUGUCAAGAAGCACGUGCGAGCCCAAGCCAUCGCUCGAGAGAACAGAUUGCCUUGCGUUUACCUGGUUGACUCUGGCGGGGCUUUCUUGCCCCUUCAGGACGAGAUUUUCCCCGACCAGGACCACUUUGGAAAGAUCUUCUACAACCAGGCCGCGACCGGCGAGGACGUGUCUGCGGAGGAGCUCGGGGGUGCGGAGGUACACACCGUCAAGUCUGGAGUUGCAGAUCACUUCGCCGAAGACGAGGCAGAUGCUCUCCGGCAGAUGCGAGAGCUCCUCUUGCACGCAGGGGACACUGGCGCCACCACAGCGAUGCCCGCCCUUGAGCCAGAGCUGCCCCUCUACGACCCUAAGGAGCUGGGUGGGAUCGUGCCCGAGGAGAAUUCAAAAAAGAUGGACGUCCACCACAUCAUCGCCAGGCUCGUGGAUGGAUCUCGUUUCAAGGAGUUCAAGCCACGCUAUGCUACCACACUGGUAUGCGGAUUCGCCCACAUUCAUGGGUACCCUGUCGGCAUCGUCGCAAACAACGGCAUAUUGUUUGGCGAGUCUGCACAGAAAGGUGCGCACUUUGUCCAGAUGUGCAGCCAGCGGAGGACACCCAUCGUGUUCUUGCAGAACAUCACCGGGUUCAUGGUUGGCAAGAAAUAUGAGAACGGUGGUAUUGCCAAGGAUGGGUCAAAGAUGGUAAACGCUGUAGCUUGCGCGGCCGUGCCCAAGAUCACAGUCAUCAUCGGAGGAAGCCACGGUGCGGGAACCUACGCCAUGUGCGGACGCGCCUAUCACCCUCGCUUCAUGUUCGCGUGGCCGAACGCAAAAGUGAGCGUCAUGGGCGGCCAGCAGGCGGCGGGCGUGCUGGCCACGGUGAAGCAGGACCAGCUGAAGCGAGAGGGCAAGCCUCAGAUGGACGCUGCUGCCCUGGCAGAGUUCAACAGGCCAACUCUGGAGAAGUAUGAGCGCGAAGGCUCGGUCUACUACUCGACGGCGCGGCUUUGGGACGACGGCAUCAUCGCGCCACAGGACACGCGCAAGACCCUGGCCCAGUGCCUUCGGGUCUGCAGCCGAGAGCCAUUUGAUGAGAACGAGCGCUUCGGUGUAUUCCGCAUGUAG